CAAACCAAAUGUCAAAACUGCCCUAAAAAUAGUUUAUUGAAUCUUAUUUUCCUAAAUCUUGCUUGUAUCUUGCCCAAUUGGCACACUAAAAGCCAUAAACAAGAAUUGAAUUGAAUUGUGUCUAAAUUUACUAAUACUACUCAAUAAUUUUUUUGUAUAGUAUCGUUCGUGGUAUCGCUUUACCUGUGUACAACUAUUUCAAGUUGAUUGUUUCUGAUUUUGACCCAUGACUACGAAAUUUAUAAUUUAAAAUACAUUAGCGAUAAGUAUAUCAGAAAUCGUAGUUGCUUAGCGUGCAGGGCGGCAAUGUGAAGAGGGGUCACCGGCAGACGCGCUGAUCCGAACCAUGGACAGCUCGAUGUGGAGCACGGAGGACGAGGCCAUCAUCACCACCAACACUGAAGCCACGGAGUGCAAGCGCUGCGCCGUGGAGCUGGGCUACUGGAAGGACGAGUACAUCUGUUACUUCGCCAAGCGUGGCGAACGCAAGGCGCCCGAAAUUAACCGCGGCUACUACGCCCGGGUCCGAGCUAUGGAAAUGUUUAUUCACCAGUUUUUAGAGCGGUGUGGAACAAAGUGCCAGAUCAUCAACCUAGGCUGCGGGUUUGACACUCUGUACUGGCGCCUCAAGGACACCACACAGGCUGUCAGCAACUUUAUUGAGUUGGACUUCCCUGCUGUCACCAGCAAGAAGUGUCACAUCAUCAAACGCAACAAACAGCUGCUUGAGAAAAUAUGCAAAGAAGACGGCGAGGUGGCGUUCCGCGCGGGCGAGCUGCACGCCGACGGCUACCACCUGGUGGGCUGCGACCUGCGCUGCCCGGGCGAGGUGCGGCGCCAGCUGGCGGCGGCGGGCGCGGGCGCGCUGCCCACGCUGCUGCUGGCGGAGUGCGUGCUGGUGUACCUGCGGCCCGCCGCCGCCGACGCGCUGCUGCGCGAGCUGGCCGCCGCCUUCGCGCAGCUGGCGCUGCUGGUGUACGAGCAGUGCAACCUGGCCGACCGCUUCGGCGACGUCAUGCGGCGCCAGCUGGGCGCGCGCGGCGUGCCGGCGCCGGGCGCGCACGCCGCGCCGCCCGCCGCGCAGGCCGCGCGCCUGCUGGCGCUGGGCUUCGACGCGGCGCGCGCCUGGGACAUGGAGGCCGUGUGGCGCGCGCUGCCCGACGACGACCGCGCGCGCGCCGAGCGCCUCGAGCCGCUCGACGAGCGCGAGCUGCUGCAGCAGCUGCACCGCCACUACGCGCUCACGCUGGCCACGCGCGGCGCGCUGCUCGCCGACAUGGACCUGCUGUGCUAGCGCGCGCCUGGGACAUGGAGGCCGUGUGGCGCGCGCUGCCCGACGACGACCGCGCGCGCGCCGAGCGCCUCGAGCCGCUCGACGAGCGCGAGCUGCUGCAGCAGCUGCACCGCCACUACGCGCUCACGCUGGCCACGCGCGGCGCGCUGCUCGCCGACAUGGACCUGCUGUGCUAGCGCGCGCCUGGGACAUGGAGGCCGUGUGGCGCGCGCUGCCCGACGACGACCGCGCGCGCGCCGAGCGCCUCGAGCCGCUCGACGAGCGCGAGCUGCUGCAGCAGCUGCACCGCCACUACGCGCUCACGCUGGCCACGCGCGGCGCGCUGCUCGCCGACAUGGACCUGCUGUGCUAGCGCGCGCCUGGGACAUGGAGGCCGUGUGGCGCGCGCUGCCCGACGACGACCGCGCGCGCGCCGAGCGCCUCGAGCCGCUCGACGAGCGCGAGCUGCUGCAGCAGCUGCACCGCCACUACGCGCUCACGCUGGCCACGCGCGGCGCGCUGCUCGCCGACAUGGACCUGCUGUGCUAGCGCGCGCCUGGGACAUGGAGGCCGUGUGGCGCGCGCUGCCCGACGACGACCGCGCGCGCGCCGAGCGCCUCGAGCCGCUCGACGAGCGCGAGCUGCUGCAGCAGCUGCACCGCCACUACGCGCUCACGCUGGCCACGCGCGGCGCGCUGCUCGCCGACAUGGACCUGCUGUGCUAGCGCGCGCCUGGGACAUGGAGGCCGUGUGGCGCGCGCUGCCCGACGACGACCGCGCGCGCGCCGAGCGCCUCGAGCCGCUCGACGAGCGCGAGCUGCUGCAGCAGCUGCACCGCCACUACGCGCUCACGCUGGCCACGCGCGGCGCGCUGCUCGCCGACAUGGACCUGCUGUGCUAGCGCGCGCCGUGCUGGCUCUGAACGAAACAUCUUUAAAAGUCUGCGACAGAUGUAACAUAUUUCACUACGAGUCAGCCCUCGACUGCGAUCUCCCCCGGUGGUGAGUGCUGAUGUAGUCUAAGAUCGUAGCGGGCUAACCUACCGGGAAGUAUCGUAUUUGAUAUAUUCUUUUGUAAGUACUGGAGGUUCGCAGCCGUAAGCGGGACACGAAUGAGACACGUUUCCCGAUUUCGGGUGCAAACCUCCCGCACUCACUCCUCACCUUACCGUUGUAAACGUGAGCCGCAAUGAGCACAUCUACCCGAUCUUAUGUAGGUACCCAGUAAAUAUGUAUCUUCAAAUUUAUGAAAAUUUAAAUUGCUUAAUGUAAUUAUCUAAACUAAAGUUGAAACUAUGUAAAAUGUAUAGCUGUUUGUUUUCCAAAUAAAUAAAAUAAAAUCAAAAAUC